AUGCCCAUUGUAGAGAUUGAGCCGGAAUUAGUGGGUAGUGUAGAUAGGAAAAAAUGGAAUAGACUGAGACCAGAUGGGAUAGCAUACGGUUACAGCUCGAUACAUCCAGACUACGAUGUAUAUAUCCCGACCAAAGAUAAUCCCUAUAUGAUAAGACGAGAUGCAAUUGAUGGUAUGGAACACACAACUUUGGCUGAUUCGAUAUUAGCUUUAGAGGCAAAAGUACAGUUAAAUCCGAACGAUGCCAAAACCUGGGAAGAAUUGGGAUUAAAACAGCAGGAGAAUGAACGAGAUAGAGCAGCUAUUGCAGCAUUAGAAAGAGCUGUUCUACUUGAUCCUAAUUGUCUAGAUGCCUGGCUAGCACUUGCUAUUGCUUAUAGAAACGAGCACUGUCGUAUGGAUGCAUUUAAUUGUCUGGAACAAUGGAUUGCGAAUAACUCGAGGUAUAAGGAUAUUUUACGAGAGGAAUUAGGUGUGUAUCACAAGGAUGGAAUCAAACGACACGAUUACAUUACAAAUGUAUUUUUGGAAGCAGCUCGAACCUCUCCCGGUAGCGAGGAAAUGGAUGCAGAUGUCCAGGUUGGACUGGGUGUAAUAUUCAACAUGUCUGAAGAUUUCAAUAAAGCCAUGGAUUGCUUUAAAGCUGCAUUGUUAAUUAGGCCGGACGAUUACCAAUUAUGGAAUAAAGUUGGUGCAACUUUAGCAAAUGCUCGGGACAAUUCUGGAGCCAUUGAGAUGUACAUGAAUGCUAUCCAAAUAAACCCGUUAUUUGUACGAGCAAGGUACAAUCUGGCUAUCAGCUAUAUGAAUUUGGGUCAACACCAGGAGGCUGCGGAAAACCUACUGUCCUCUCUUUCUCUUCAACAUGCUGCUGCUCUUUCUAUUAACGAAAUUCAUGGUGGAGUGCCUACCGAGCUACAUGAUAACACUAGUAGUAGCAUGUGGGAUAGUUUACGACUAUUGAUGUACAUGAUGAAUCAUGAAGAUCUUGCUUCUCAGUGUGAUUUUCACCAUCUAGAAGCUUUCCGUGGCUAUUUUAACUUUUAA